UGACGACCGGGAUCCUUUUUAUUUUUUUCCCUCGCAGGCGAAGCCUAUGGCGAAGAUGUACUGAGGGCCUAAGGAACAUGCGAAGGGUUGGGAACAACUGUCAAUAAGGGUUUUAUUCUCUACAACAAAGUGGUUCAAAAGCUCUUUUUGAAGAUUUCAAGACCUUGUCGGUGACCCCUUACAACUGAUGCGGCGUUAGAGAAGCAAUUUCGUACCAUUCUUUUUGCUUUAAUUCCUUCCCUAUUUGUUGUAAUUUGCCCUGUACUCGUGGAACCCGGCCGCGUCUUGUCUAGUGUCACUCUGGUCCCAAGACAAAGUGCCCUCCCUUAAACUCAGCCUCGCAACCCUAAAAUUACAAAACACGUCUACUGAAAAGUUGGGGCAUGCGUACCGUCCGGUCUCGCAUCCUCGACGCCCUCAGAUAAAACAGCAGGAAUGAGGAGAACAUCGGUAUCGCUGCCGACAAACAAUAAAGUCGCCCGCGACCCAUACGAGAAACGCGCACGCUACGAGGCAAACCAGCGAGAGGUCGGCCUCUUCGAGAAGAUUACAGAGGCCAUGUCGCAGGCUAGGCAGACGCGGUGGUUCAAGACCCUCGCCGUUCUGGUCGUCAUCUUGUUUCUAUUCUUCUUCCUGUCUCCCUCGGGAGGAGUUGACCUGUACAAGAGUGGAGUCCCCUCAGCUGCUAGCCCCAACUCAGGCCAGGCCCCCGCCGACGCCUCUUAUGGCACCGACAAGUGCACUCGAUCCUUCUCCAAGGAUAAGCCCAUCGUUCAAUAUGUUCUCAUGAUCGACGCCGGCAGCACCGGCUCGCGCAUCCACGUCUACAAGUUCAACAACUGCGGUGCCGCCCCCGAGCUCGAGAAUGAGGUCUUCAAGCAGACCGAAAAGCGCGAGGGCGGCAGCGGUCUGAGCGCCUACCCCGACGACCCUGAGGCCGCCGCAAAGUCGCUCGAUGUCCUGAUGGAGGCGGCCGUCAAGGAGGUCCCCGAGAAGCUCCGAUCCUGUACCCCCGUUGCCGUCAAGGCCACGGCCGGUCUGCGUCUGCUCGGCGACGUCAAGAGCGGCAAGAUCCUCGAGGCCGUGCGCCGCCACCUCGAGAACGACUACCCCUUCCCCGUCGUGGCUGACCAGUCGGGCGUCUCUAUUAUGGACGGCAAGGAUGAGGCCAUCUACGCCUGGGUCACCGUCAACUACCUGCUCGGCAAGAUCGGUGGCCCCGACAAGAGCGAGACGGCUGCGGUCCUCGACCUCGGCGGCGGCUCCACCCAGAUCGUCUUCGAGCCCACCUUCAAGGGCGCCCCCAACGGCGGCAUGCCUACCAAGCUGGCCGAGGGCGACCACAAGUACGAGCUGCAGUUUGGCGGCCGCCAUUUUGAGCUCUACCAGCACAGCCACCUGGGAUACGGCCUGAUGAGCGCCCGCGAGGCCAUCUUCAAGGCCCUGAUCGACGAGAUCUACUCGUCCAAGAAGGGGGACAAGUCGUGGCUCAACGCCCCUGUCGUCAACCCCUGCUUUGGCGCCGGAAUGACCAAGACCAUCAAGGUCAAGUUUGGCGAGGGCCACCCGCUCGGCAAGGAGAUGGAGAUCAACAUGACCGGUCCUAAGUCCGGAGCGCCCGCUCAGUGCCGCGCCCUGGCCGAGAAGAUCCUCAAGAAGGACGCCGAGUGCAAGCUCGCCCCUUGCUCCUUCAACGGUGUCCACCAGCCCUCCAUCGCAAAGACCUUUGCCAAGGAAGACAUGUACUUCCUCUCCUACUUCACCGACCGUGCCGAGGCCCUCGGUAUGCCCGAGUCCUUCUCUCUCAAGGAGAUGCGCGACCUGGCCGAGCAGGUCUGCGGUGGCAAGGAGUCCUGGGGCGUCUUCUCGGGCGUCAAGGGCGCCCUGGAAGAGCUUGAGGGCCGUCCGGAGUACUGCCUCGACCUCAACUUUAUGCUCGCCCUCGUCCACACUGGAUACGAGAUGCCCAUCGACCGCGAGGUCAAGGUCGCCAAGAAGAUCAAGGGCAACGAGCUUGGUUGGUGCUUGGGAGCUAGUCUUCCAUUGCUCGCCAAGGGAUCUGGAUGGACCUGCAAGAUCGCCGAGGUCCACUGAGCGGUUAGCACGACAUUCUGAACGAUCACCUCAAACCUCCACUUAUAUCGGCAUGGGCUCGAUUGUCCGCCAAAAUCACGAACUAUAGGGACCCCAAGCGGGCCAUGAUUUGAAUGUGGCAUUGGGAAUUGACAUAUUUGUAGAAUAAACAUGCCACAGACCAGACACCAUUCAACUUGUUACUAUUAUUACAGGGGCACAGGUAGAACGCCCGGAACGAUGGCGAAAAGGAAGUUCUAGAUUAUUUUAAAUAUCAAGACAUGGGAAUGUGGAAUGUCUCAUUAUUAAUCUAAGCAGUUGCUUUCAAUCCACACGCAACUAAACCCCG